AAGUCAAACUGAUGGUUAUAUUCGACCCUCCUCAUCUUAUUAAAGGAUUGAGAAAUAAUUUUUUGAAUAAAGACAUUUCCUUUGAAGGAAAAUUAUCCACAUGGAGAGACAUCGUGGAUGUAUACGAAACGGACUGCAAUAAUAUGGAAACAAGAAUGCUGCAUAAGUUAAAUGACCAGCAUGUGAUACCUGAAAAAAUUAAAAAGAUGAAGGUCAAGAACUGUGUAAAAGUAUUUAGUUACACACUGUCUUCGGCUCUAUCUUACACAGCCAACUUCUCUCACUAUGCGGACGGCAGACCUGUGAGUGAAACAUUAAGAAACACUGCUGAAACAGUUUUGUUCUUUGAUAAAUUGUUUGAUAGCAUCAACGGAUCAGCAACCUAUUCACAAAAGAAAGGAAAAGAGCUACGCUGUGCAGUGACAGAAAAAUCUAAGCACCAUGAAUUUUGGCCGGAGAGCAUCGAGAAACUGGAAAAAAUUAAAUAUGUAGAUUCCAAGGGAAAUCCGAAAUCCGUGCCUUCCUUAAAAAACUUUAUUGCCACGGUAAAAACAUUCAUGAAGCUGUGGCAGUUUUUUAAGAGCAAAAAUAUGACAAUAAUGCGCCCAAGGUUCUUCAAUUCAGAUCCAAUUGAAAACUUCUUUGGCCAAGUCAGGGCCUAUAAUUAUAGGAACAACGACCCCAACUGCCACAGUUUCAAGAACACCUUUAAAUCAUUAUUGAUUACUAGAAUGAUAAAGUUUCAUGGUGACGCUUAUAAUUGUGAGGAUGACUCGGCAGACCAAAUAAUUAAUUUAAAAUCAUUAUUUGAAGAUAGUGAAACUGCUAGGGUCGAGCCGGGUCAUCCCAAAGUAGGAGAUGUAGAAGAUACUGUAGAAGAGGCCCAACGGGAGCAACUAAAUGUUCUCCAUUCGCGAGCGUACACUGCUGGAUGGGUGGUAACAAAAACAAUGCAGAAAUAUAAUAAUCAAUGUGACAGUUGCAGAAAAAGCCUUACUACUAAAGAAGGCGCAAUCCACAAAUGGAUUCAUCAAAGAGAGUAUGAUGCCGCCACGAAACGCCUUACUUACCCAUCCAGAGGUGCUGUUCGGUGUUUCGGUACAAUUAUUAAAGAAACAAACGGAUUCUUGGAACACCGAGCCCAUGAAUUAAAUCUGACGGCCAAAAUUAUGGAAAAAAUUUUGUUCAACAAUCCAUUUAGUUUCUUUAAAUGUACCACACACCGUGAAAUUUUGUCAUAUUUUAUUUCCGUGACAGUAAAGUUCUCGAUUACAAAUUGGUGCAAUAACAUUAAUAAAAUAUUAAAAGGAACGGAUAUUGUGCGGAUAAAAAACCGCACUUUGCCUGCGAUGCAGCAGAAAGCUUUUUUAAAAUAUAAGAAAAGACUGAGGAAUAAAUCGUUUAAUAAAUAAAAUUGUGUUUUAUUUAAAUUAUUGCGACAAGUGUAGUUCCCGGCAUUUAAAUUGAACACUGACUCAAU